CUCAGUCCCUCCCUCCCUCCCUCCCUCCCUCUAUCUAUCUCCUCCUCGGUCCCUCCCCUUUCUCCUCCCUCCUCUCCCUGUCGCCGCGUCCGUGACACACUCCCUGGCCGGGCCGAGCGGAGAUGGAGUGAGUAUGAUAUCGGCGGGCUGGCGGCUGCCCGCGGACCCUCAGCGGCGGAAGGCGAGCCGGGUGCAGGGGCAGCUUCGCAAACUAGCCCAGCGCUGCCAGAGCCCUCGGCUGCGGCUCCGCAACAGUCCGCCUUACCUGCCCGAGAUCGCCACCGCCACCGCCGCGCACUUGGACCGGGUGCUGGCCGAGACGCGACUGCGGGAGAAGGGCCGUCAACACCUCGACAGCUGCCUGGUGAAUCUGGCGUCUAAGUGCAGGCAGACCAAUGAACUGUUUGAGGAUGCUGGCGAGCAGAUGUUCCAGGAAAACUCCCAGGCACGGCGGAACCUGAUGAAGCUCUCGCUCAUCUUCAGUCACAUCUUGUCCGAGCUGCGAGCCGUCUUUCCCGAAGGUCAGUAUCACGGAGACACCUACGCCAUCACUAAGCCAGAAGCUGCUGACUUCUGGAGACAGUCCUUCAGUAACCAGAGCAUCGUCCCAUGGGCGGAUUUCCGGGAACAUCUAUACCGCAUCCACCCGUUUGGCGGUGGAAUGGAAUCCAUGGCCCUUCGCUCCACCAUCGACCUCACCUGCAAUCAACAAAUCUCUGUCUUUGAGUUCGACAUCUUCACUCGCCUCUUCCAGCCAUGGGUGACGCUCCUGAAGAACUGGAAUACGCUGGCAGUGACCCAUCCUGGCUACAUGGCCUUCCUCACCUACGACGAGGUGAAGUCUCGGCUCCAGGCAUUCAGCCACAAACCCGGCAGUUACAUUUUCCGUCUCAGCUGCACGCAGCUGGGCCAGUGGGCCAUUGGAUACGUGACGGACGACGGGACUACUCUACAGACCAUCCCCCACAACAAGCCACUGUCGCAUGCCCUGACUGAGGGCGCUCGUGAGGGAUUUUACUUAUACCCUGAUGGACGGGAUUUCAAUCCGGAUCUGACAGCCCUUUGUCAGCCUUCCCAGCAGGAUCGCAUCCAGGUGUCGCAGGAACAAUACCAGUUGUACUGUGAGAUGGGGUCGAGUUUCCAGAUGUGUAAGAUCUGUACGGAGAACAACAAGAACAGGAAGAUGGAGCCCUGUGGUCACCUCAUCUGUGACACGUGUCUCACUUCCUGGCUGCAGUCUGAUGGCCACACUUGUCCCUUCUGUCGCUGUGAGAUUCGGGGCACACAGCUAAUUGUGGUCGAGCCAUUUGCCCCUCGUCCGUGUCGUCCCUCCCCCAGUGCCCCACUGGCUGAGGUGGAGUCAGAGGAUGAAGACGAGGAGGACAACUUUGAAGACAUGGAGACCCUGGUUGAUCAGCUGGCAUUGCUCAACAAGGAGAACCGAGACCACCCGGAGACCCCGCCUGCUUGUCCCCCUGUCCCACCACGGACUGACCUGUCGGGUUCCCAGGGUAACGGCCGUGUCCCUCAACCUCCCUGCCGCAGGUUCGGCAGUCCACCCACUGUGCCCCAGGCCAGUCCAAAAGUGCCGGCCACGGUGAUCCAGGAGCGGAUGAAGAACCGUCCCCUGCCAAGGGUUCCCAUUUCCGGGAGAGGAGCCGGGCAUCGCCAGGGCACCGAGAUGACUGCCUGGGACCUCCUUGGCCGCAGGGGCGCUGAGCGCCGGCACGUAGCAGCGGAGACCCGCCUGGACAUUGACGUGGAUCCCAAAUAUACAGAGCCACAGCCCCAACCCCACCUCUCCACUGCCGACAGAAACUCGAUUGACCUGAACUCAACUGCACAGCUGCCUGGCUGCUCUUCACUCUCCCACCUGGACUGGUGGAGUGAGGAAGAUGACGAGGACGAGGAAGAGGUGACGGACGUGUCAGCAGUCUGCACAAAGCCCGGCCCUAACAAUGGGACUCUCACACACUCUCUCCCCGUCACAGGGAGGCUCACAGGGCCGGGCCAGACUGCGUGUGGAGCCUCCUCACUGUCACAGUCGCCGAGAUGCCCCCCAGGUCACCCAGUGGAGCUCCCCCCAAUCGAUCCGGCGGCCUGUGCCACGCUGCAGAGGGAGGGAUUCCCACUUGAAGAGAUCCACAAGGCGCUGUCCAUCUCCAGCAACAACAUGCAGCUUGCGCGCAUCAUCCUUUCGGAGUUCGUGCCGAGCCACAGACCCCAGUCCUCCUGAUUCUGGGCUGCAUCAUGGACUCCCGUGAUCGCUACCGCUCACCCCUCCCUGCACCCCGGGGGGUGGGGGGUCCACCCAAUGAAUACACCAUUGGCUGGAUGUGGCACUGGACAAGAGAGGAAUCACAGGAUCCACCGGCCCCUGGUCUCUGGCGUAUCGGGUCUCUGCAUCGCUGGAUCACUGGCUGGAGAGCAGCCACUGCUGAAGGAAGGGCUCCAGACCCCUCGCUCACUGGAUUCCUUGUUCACAAAGUGUAAACCACAACGUCUCCCAAACACUGCCUGUGUUCCUGACUCACUCUGGCUGGACACACAACAGCCAUGGGCCCGCCCAACCAGUGUCACCUCUCCGACACGGGGUCAUGAUACUACACACUUCCAUUCAUUAACUACCCCCACCCUGUCUUUGUAUCCCCCUCAGGUCCCAACACUCCCUCCUGUCUCUGUAACCCUUCCGGCCCCGACACGCCUCCCUGUCUCUGUGAACGCCUCUGGAAUCUACACCUCCACACCGCCGCCCCCCCCCCCUCCCACCCUUCUCUGGGACUCUCCGUCCCUUCACCCUGUCUCUGUAACCCGUCCCUCCUCCGGCCCUUAUGCCACUUCCCAUCUCCGUGACCCCUCCAACACUAACACCCCUCCCCACUCAGUGGUUCUGUCACUGACACAACCCUGCUGGGGUGGGAGGGGCUGAAUGAGAUGCCCCUGGGGCGAAUGCUAAACUAGCCUGCAGUUCUGUGAGUGUAUGGCAGGUGGCAGUGGUUACCCGUGACUCAGGGCAGAAGACGACCAAAAUGAUACAGGAGGAAUUUGGCCCUUCGAGUGUGCUUUGCCAUUUCAUCAUGGCUAAUUCAUAAUCCCUCUCAAUCCCAACACAACUCUUUCCUCCUUGUCCCUUCCAUCGUAGUCCCCAUUCCCCCUCGUCUGGAAGUAUAUCUGUAAUGCACACAGUAUUUUGAAUGGUUCAAGACUAUAUC